UUUUUUUUUUUUUUUUCUUUUACAAGAAGAAAAGAAAACCUUACCAAGAUUCUCAGAUGGCUUAGACAAAUUAAUAAUAAUCUGUGAAAAUACGAAGUCGACCGGUUCUUGAUUUCCCCCCUUCCCUCCCCUCCAGCUCCCCAGCCCACUGCUGAGAUUGAGCUAAAAGGACCUGUUUCCUGGAGGACGAGGAGAACAGACACGUUUCUGGUGGUGUAGAAGGGACCGAUGGCAAUGCUUCAGAAUGUAGCGGAGACGCAGGAGAGAGAUUCAACCUGUUAACAAAAAAAAUUAAGCAGGGGGAAAAUAUCAACGGGAAGGAAAGAUAUAUAUUUACAUAUAUAUGUACACGUAUAUAUAUACAAUUUAGAAGUAUUCCCCAGGUGGCCACAAAGCAUGGGCUGUGUUCCAAGCACCAACCUCUCUGACAGCAGAGUGAUCUGUCACAGUAGCAAUGAGUCUGAGGAGUACAAUUUCCCUCACCAGACCAACACAACCAUGUCUCAACAGCAGCAAGGCAACCCCGUCCCAGGAUUAUUCAUUAAAUGCUACAACACAUCCACUUAUGAGGCGAGGACUAAUUCCUCUAAGAAAGACAAGAGGGAGAACAGCCAGAGCAUGGAGGCAGAGGCCCAGACCGGCAGACCCAAUGUUAAGGCACCAGUAACAGAUGUGCAGUUUGGCCCUAUGAGACUUCAUCAAGAUCAACUUCAGGUACUUUUAGUGUUUGCUGAGGAAGACGAGCAGAGUAACGGGUUCCGCUGGGCGUGUGACAAGGCUGGAUUUCGAUGUAAUAUUGCCAGGACACCUCAGUCUGCACUAGAAUGUUUUCUAGAUAAGCACCAUGACAUUAUCAUUAUUGACCAUAGACAUUCCAGAUACUUCGAUGCAGAAGCAUUAUGCAGGUCUAUCAGAACAACAAAAGCCUCAGAAAAUACAGUCAUUAUUUGUGUAGUACAAAGGCACACUGAUCGUGAAGAGUCAUCAAUAUUGCCCCUGAUCUCUGCUGGCUUCACAAGGAGAUAUGUAGAAAAUUCUAGUAGAAUGGCCUGUUACAAUGAAUUGAUUCAGCUGGAAUUUGGACAGGUGCAGGCACAAUUCAAACUAAGGGCAUGUAAUUCAUUAUUUACAGCAUUAGAGAAAAGUCAAGAAGCCAUUGAGAUCACAAGUGAAGACCAUGUAAUACAGUACGUCAAUCCUGCUUUUGAAACAAUGAUGGGCUAUCAAAUAGGUGAACUAAUAGAAAAGGAACUAACAGAAGUGCCUAUAAAUGAAAAAAAAGCUGAUUUCUUAGAUACUAUUAAUUCCUGCAUAAAGAUAGGAAAGGAAUGGCAAGGAAUGUACUAUGCGAAAAAGAAAAAUGGAGAUAGCAUACAACAAAAUGUGAAGAUACUACCUGUCAUUGGACAGGGAGGAAAGAUUAGACACUAUGUGUCAAUUAGUAGACUGUGCAAUGACAACAAUAAGGUGGAGAAGACAUGUGAAUGUAUUCAGGCUGAAUCUCAGACAGAUACUCAGACUUGCAGACACAAAGACAUGAGGAAAGGAUCUCUGGAUGUCAGAUCCACAACAUCACGUGGGAGUGAUGGCAGCUCCCAGCGGCGCCGCUCCUCCAUGGCCAGGGUCCAUUCCAUGACUAUCGAGGCUCCCAUCACCAAGGUAAUAAAUAUCAUCAAUGCUGCACAAGAGAGCAGUCCCAUGCCAGUUGCAGAAGCUUUAGACCGGGCUUUGGAGAUUUUAAGAACCACUGAAUUGUACUCUCCACAACUGGGGACAAAAGAUGAGGAUCCACAUACAAGUGACCUUGUUGGAGGGUUAAUGACAGAUGGUUUACGAAGAUUAUCAGGGAACGAGUACAUAUUGUCAGCAAAACAAACUCAUCAGGUUGCUGGCAGUCUGAGCUCUCCAAUCUCCCUCAAUGACAUACCCCCACGGAUAACACAGGCCAUGGAAAAUGAGGAACAGUGGGAUUUUGAUAUCUUUGAACUUGAGGCUGCCACCCAUAAAAGGCCUUUGGUUUAUCUGGGUCUCAAAAUAUUUGCUCGCUUUGGAAUCUGUGAAUUCCUAAACUGUUCAGAAUCCACCCUGAGGUCAUGGUUACAAGUUAUUGAGGCUAACUACCAUUCCUCCAACUCCUACCAUAAUUCUACCCAUUCAGCAGAUGUAUUACAUGCUACUGCUUACUUCUUGUCUAAAGAAAGAGUAAAGCAAACUCUGGAUCCGAUUGAUGAGGUUGCUGCGCUCAUUGCUGCCACAGUCCACGAUGUGGAUCACCCAGGAAGAACAAAUUCUUUCCUGUGCAAUGCUGGCAGCGAGCUCGCGAUUCUCUACAACGACACGGCCGUGCUGGAGAGCCAUCAUGCUGCCCUGGCUUUCCAGCUCACCACCAGGGAUGGCAAAUGCAAUAUAUUUAAAAACAUGGAGAGGAAUGAGUAUCGAACCCUUCGCCAAGUCAUUAUUGACAUGGUCUUAGCAACAGAAAUGACAAAGCACUUUGAGCACGUCAACAAGUUUGUCAACAGCAUUAAUAAACCUUUGGCAGCGCUAGAAGAAAACGGGAAUAAUGGUGAUGGAGAAUCAAUCAAGACCGUUCUCAGGUCUCCUGAAAACCGUAUCCUUAUCAAACGCAUGUUGAUAAAGUGUGCUGACAUUUCCAAUCCAUGCAGACCCAGAGAACAGUGUAUAGAAUGGGCUGGACGCAUCUCUGAGGAGUACUUUGCACAGACUGAUGAAGAAAGGAGGCAAGGUUUACCUGUUGUGAUGCCAGUUUUUGACAGAAAUACUUGCAGCAUCCCCAAAUCCCAAUUAUCAUUCAUUGAUUACUUCAUUAUUGAUAUGUUUGAUGCCUGGGAUGCAUUUGCAGAUCUGCCAAAUCUGAUGGAGCAUCUGAAUAAUAACAUUAAAUACUGGAAAGGACUGGAUGGAAGGAACCUGCGAGUCCUUCGGCCACCACCAGAAUAGCAGUUAGACCAUGGUGUGUCAUUCACUAGCCAGAUGCAUAUUUAUUCAAGCUCACUUCUAUCUGUGUGAAUUCAGAUUUGUUUUGGCCUCUUCAGUAUUACAGUAAAGCUAGCCCAUGCACUUGGGGAACUUUCACAUUCAAGAGAACAUGAGGUCAGCAGUUGACUUCCACAAAGUACCAUGUGUGGACUCGGAUGAAAUAAGCCCACCAAGUGGAAUUACACUGGAUUUCUGCAGUACUUGUACUGAAGAGGGUUUAUUAUGAUCAUACUUCUGCGAUAUCUUCAUACCAGCACGUGAAGCUGGAAGACCUUGGAGAGAAUCCUCAUAAAAAGGACAUUCACUAGAAGUUUAUCUAUUAAUAGAGACUCACAGCUUUUAUGAGAAAGCUACAUGCUUUUUAUAAGCACUUAAGACAGUUAUGUAGAACAAUCAGACAUUUAAAAUGAAUGAAACUGUCUAUGAAAGAAUUUUUGAUCUAUGGAAAAUAGAUGUACUGUAUUUUUUCACAUCACAGAAGGUGCAAUCAUUCACUUCUGAGCACUACUGAAAGUGAGUUCUCCUUAAGAAAUUUAGUAGCAAAUGUAAAAAAUAACACAAGAAUUUUUGAGGUUGAUAGUUAGCAUCUAUGAUUAAAAUGUUAUGUUUUAUUUAUUUUGUUAGAUGUUCAAUAUUUUCUAUGAAUUUAUAAAUACUUAAAAGCCAAAGCCAACUUUAGAUGCAUUAUAAAUUUACAUGAUUCAUACUCAUUAAUAUACAUUUAAUUGAUGUACAGACCUUUUAUUUUCAUAAUGCAAAUACAAAAUACUAUACAAUGAUACAUUUUUAUUGCACUGUAAGGAUAGAUGUGUAUGUUUAAAUAUUGUCUGAUUUAUGUUAAUUAAAGUAAGUUUUAUUAAAAAGGUCUCACUUGAGAAUAGUAGAAUAAACAAGAACUGUAUACUGUCUGAGCACCAGAACUGCAGUAGUUCUCCCACAAACCAGUGAGGACCACCUGAUCUUCUCUUGGCUGAAAAAUAAUAAUGUGUUGGAACUCUUUCUUUUCUCCCAUGACAUUUUAUGACUGAAUUCCCUGUUAAAGUCUGCCUUAUUUUAUAUAGUAUUUCUACAAAGCAUUCCACAGCAUAUAUGAAGAGGUGAUACUAAGCAUCUAAUGAAUUUCAACAUUUUAUAGCCAAUGUAUUUUCCUCUGCCAUAAAAGGAAAAGAACAUAAAGCCACCAACAAAAACCUUUAACUCAAGAAGUUUGUAAAGGCUGUGUACCUUCACAAUUUGAAUGAAACCUUCAUAGCAACUACCAGAAAAUAAUAAAAUGUAUAUUUUAAGAAGUGUCAUGUCCUACACAUUUCAUUUGAAAAGUAUGUGCACUUUGUAGUUUGUAGACUAACAAACACAGGAAAUUCUUAACUAAGAUACUUUUUGUCUGGGGAAGGGAAAAGUUGAGGGGGUUGAACUGGCAUGAGGGUGAUGAAAGGUGUUAUGUAGCUGGCAAGCCCCUGUGUUUGUGGCCUGCCCUUGGCAAGCCCAUCAGACCCUCGUGUGCCCUUGGACAAGUCUCUUCACAGCUACACGCCGUGUCAGGCUGUGUUCCACUGAAGGACUCGAGGAGUGUCCUGUCAGCCUUCCCAGUCGACAGAAAGGCAUCCAGAGGCACUGAAAGAGUUGCUGACUGUCAUUACUGCAGAGGCAAUGGACUUUAGAGACAUUUUGAAUCAUUCCUGAAGAAGCAGAUGCUGGGGAGAGGUGGAUGAUGGAGCAGUUCAUGGACUGCAGCAGUGUCAGCCUUAAGGCUCCAGUAGAGGAAAACUGCAUCACAUCAUCAGUAUGUCCUCCACUUGUCUGCUGCAAUGAGGAUGGGAGAGAAAGGAGAUACUGCUCAGAGCUCCUGAGAUGCCAGAGUUUCAUCCUCCCACCUGUGUGCCGAGCUUGGUGAGACGCCCAGGAGAGCCGAAUGCCAUCGGCGGGCACUGUCCCAGCACCGUCCCCACGCUGGGUGGUGCCGGCUGUGCCAGACUCUGCUUACCUCUGCAGGAUCAAGCCCAUAUUAGGGGAAGGAAUGGAGAUGGACAAGCACAGCAGGUGUUGCACAGGACUGGCGGCUGCUGGAGGCAACAAUUCAGCCGUGUGUGGAUGGAGCCAUCACUGGGGAAGCCGUUCCACGGCCCAGCCGAGGGCAGGCCCUUUGUUCCCGGCUCCAGCACUGGGUGAGGAGGGACACUGGACAUGCCUUCGAUUACGGUAACAGAGGAUGGAUUUUGCUGUGUGCCAGUAAAUUCCCAUAAGGAAAAGGAACAGGAAGAAAAAGACCCAGCAGAUAGUUCUGUCAAUGCUAUAGCUAUCCUGUGCCAUGCCUGGUGAUGACCAUGGGGUCAUUCUCCUGAGCAGACUGCUCUAUACUCAGCCACCUGGCCAGCAUUCUCCAGUAGAUUCACCAAGCAUAACAACAGAGCUGUUUGGUACCUGCGGAGUUCCACUGCAAGGGUGUCUGAGCACCUCGCUUUUGACUCAGAAAAUCUGCCCUUGCACGGUCCAGCAAGAGAGUUCUGAAGUCCUGGGGACUUGCCAGUUCAGUUCACUGGUUGGAAAGUAUUUUUCCAGGUUACAGCUAUGGUUUAAACACUUGAGGUGAAAGCUGGUGGUGGGGUGUGGAAUCAUGGGUUCACCAGCAGCCUUUGUGCAUUAGAGGCUCUCUUGGGAGGUUGAGAUGUCCUCAUACCUCUGCUCUGAUACCUGUGUGUUACACUCUUUCAGGUAUCUACUUGGAAAUAAGAGUAGGGCUCUCAGUUUUUGGCUGAUAGGGAUAAAACAUGUUCCAGUGGGUAUAAGUUGGAGCCAAAGACAAGGAGUAUAUUUUUAAGCAAAGAAUGGUGCUUUCUCACCACUUCAAUCCCCAGCACAGGAGCUGUACCCUAGAACUGCUGUUCCCUGGGAUGGCCAUGCCAGCAUCAGCGGGGCACACAUGCCCACAAGCUGUUCUGCUCACUGGCAGAUAAAGCAACUUAAAGUCUCUGGCCUGCUUACAGCAGGUCUUACAAAGUAUCCAAAACAACUUUUUCUGCCCUGAAAAUAUCUUAAUUCCUGGUAGGUUAAGAAAUGACCCUGUGCUGGUAUAGCUCAGUGUUGCUAAAUGCAUCCUCUGAGGCUUUUGAAACAGAUACCCAAGAGCAGAUGGUACUAAUCACUGCUGUAGUGGCAUACUCAGCUCCUGUUUCUGUGGUUUCUAAAGGCCUGUUUUGGCAAGACUUUUUUUUAAGCUAUUUGGGAAAAAUAGAAGCUUUUGACACACAGUUCUAUGUAAAAUCUCUUUGGUUUUGCCAAUGGCGUUUAUUUAUAGAGACCCUGCAUAUUGUAGAGGCCACUGCUUGUUCCUGGUGAUUCCCUAGAAUGGAAACUUGAACCAAUGAUUUUUGUAAUGAAUAUGCAAUAAAUCUGUGGAAAAGCUUC